CCUCCCCGCCCGGCGACAACGGCCGAGGGGAGGGGACAAGUGGCGGGGGCAGGAAGCUGGGGCUUAAAAGGGCAGCGGGCGCCGGGCGCUUCCUCGUCGCCUCAGCCCGGUUGGCCUCAGCUCCUUGCAGCCGCCGCCGCCGCCGCCGUCGCCAUGUACCGCCGCCUGGGCGAGGCGCUGCUCCUGCCCCGCGCCGGGCCUUGCGCGCUGGCCUCGGCCGUCGACCCCGCCGCGCUCUUCGGCAGCUGGGCCCGCGCGCCGCCCGCCGCCCCGCCACCCGGCCUCGGGACGCCCGUCCGCCGGCGCUACAGCGAGGCGGCGGCCCAGCGCGAGGACGACCCCAACUUCUUUAAGAUGGUGGAGGGCUUCUUCGACCGCGGCGCCGACAUCGUGGAGGACAAGCUGGUGGAAGACCUGCGCACCCGCGAGAGCGAGGAGCAGAAGCGCAACCGCGUGCGGGGCAUCCUGCGCAUCAUCAAGCCCUGCAACCACGUGCUGAGCGUCUCCUUCCCCAUCCGGCGCGACGACGGCUCCUGGGAGGUCAUCGAGGGCUACCGCGCGCAGCACAGCCAGCACCGCACGCCCUGCAAAGGAGGCAUCCGCUACAGCACCGACGUGAGCGUGGACGAGGUGAAGGCGCUGGCCUCGCUGAUGACAUACAAGUGCGCCGUGGUGGAUGUGCCAUUUGGCGGAGCUAAAGCAGGUGUUAAGAUCAACCCCAAGAACUAUUCAGACAGUGAAUUGGAAAAGAUCACCAGAAGGUUCACCAUGGAGCUAGCAAAGAAGGGCUUCAUCGGUCCUGGCAUUGACGUGCCUGCCCCGGACAUGAGCACGGGCGAGCGGGAGAUGUCCUGGAUCGCGGACACCUAUGCCAGCACCAUAGGGCACUAUGAUAUUAACGCGCACGCCUGCGUUACCGGGAAGCCCAUCAGUCAGGGGGGCAUCCACGGGCGGAUCUCUGCCACCGGCCGCGGGGUUUUCCACGGGAUCGAGAACUUCAUCAACGAAGCUUCCUACAUGAGCAUUUUAGGAAUGACACCAGGCUUUGGAGACAAAACAUUUGUUGUUCAGGGCUUUGGAAAUGUAGGCCUGCAUUCUAUGAGAUAUUUACAUCGUUUCGGUGCUAAAUGUGUUGGUGUCGGGGAAUCUGAUGGGAGUAUAUACAACCCGGAUGGCAUCGACCCAAAAGAACUGGAAGAUUUCAAGUUGCAACAUGGAACAGUUCUGGGAUUCCCUAAGGCAAGAAUAUACGAGGGAAGCAUCUUGGAAGCCGACUGCGACAUCCUGAUCCCUGCUGCCAGCGAGAAGCAGUUGACCAAAUCCAACGCUCCCAAGGUCAAGGCCAAGAUCAUUGCUGAAGGUGCCAAUGGACCCACCACUCCAGAAGCCGAUAAGAUCUUCCUGGAGAGGAACAUCAUGGUUAUUCCAGAUCUCUACUUGAAUGCGGGAGGAGUGACAGUAUCUUACUUUGAGUGGCUGAAGAACCUGAAUCAUGUCAGCUAUGGCCGAUUGACCUUCAAGUAUGAGAGGGAUUCCAACUACCACUUGCUCAUGUCUGUUCAAGAAAGCUUAGAAAGAAAAUUUGGGAAGCAUGGAGGAACAAUUCCUAUCGUCCCGACAGCAGAGUUCCAGGACAGAAUAUCGGGGGCGUCAGAGAAGGACAUCGUGCACUCAGGCUUGGCCUACACAAUGGAGCGAUCCGCCAGGCAAAUCAUGCGCACGGCCAUGAAGUAUAACCUGGGCCUGGACCUGAGGACGGCUGCCUACGUCAAUGCCAUCGAGAAGGUCUUCAAGGUGUACAACGAAGCAGGCGUGACCUUCACAUAGACGCUGGUGGCCGCUGCCUGCCACCCCUCCGCCUGCACCGUCUUCAGCCCUCACAGUUUACAUGUACCCGCAGCAGUCCUUCCCAUGACUCAGUAGAUAACGGGACACCGUUCUCAACCAGGCAGCCCAGAUGAGCCCUUUCCAGAAGGAAGACAAGGCCGGGGCCAUGCGCAGGCUGUGCCAGGGAGCCGGGCUGAUCCAGGAGCCACCCGGGCAGUGGCUCCCCUGCGCGCCCGCAGGUCCACACAGCUAGAGCUUUGCCACACGAGCAGGUGUAUGGCAUUGUCAGAAGGUGGCGUGGGCCUUGAGCGAGUUCUGGUCUUUUACAUCCACAGAGUACUCAAUUUUACAAGUUGCAAAGAAAAAUAAAGCUGUUCCUCUUGUGCAUUUUAUUCUUCUGGAAUAAAAUACAUGCUGCUGUAAUAAAAUUGCCUUUAAUCACUUCACAGCCUAACCCUUGACUCAAGCAGUGAAUGCCUAUAAACAUAAUAAACGGAGAAAGUAGUAUUUUUAUAGCAUCAACAGUACCCUUUGUAGCCUCUCCCUAUCAUGUGUUGUCCAGCAGGAGCCGCAGGGCCCAGUGGGGAGCCGCCGUCAGCCAGCAGCCACACGGGCUUUUCUGCUACCAUCAGAGUUUGCUAACUGCCAUUAUGACAUAGUCCAAAGAAUGCAGUAACCUCCUUAUCACGGUGGUGAGUCUGCUGCCCUCCGAAGACCUGUUGUGCUCAUAGCUGAACCGUCAUUGAAGUAGCAUGGCCCAGAAGUGGCCACAAGGCUCCCGUCAGGAGCUGGCCAGCUGAGUGUGUGGGCCCGGCCCAGCCUGGCCUGGCCUGGUCUAGUCUAGCUGUGCUUGCACUGCAGGCCGAGGCCGGCUUUGUGCAGGGAAGACUCGGCCGGGGCCUUCUGGACCGCAGUGUCCCAGUAGAGUAUAGGUAACAUUUACAGGAGGGCAGGCGCGCUUUUUAUUUUGACAGUAAUGCCCUUUCAGAAAUUUCUAACCACUUUGUAACUGCAUGACCUAACCUGGUGAUAAAAAGUUAUUAAAAGUCUGCCUUUUCCAGA